GGCGUUAAUGGAAUCAUCUCUACAACUAAUUAAUUAAUUAGCAAACUUUGAUUUAUUAUUAAUAUUUAUUGUCUAAAUACAACACGUGUUUUGUAUGUUUAAUUUAAUGUCUAUCCUACAAAUAAAUAAAAUAGCGAAGAACUAAAUAACUAUAGACUUGUGCAGCUGACAUUCAGAAGAUCCAUUCAUAUAACUUCCAAACUAAACAGCAGCGGUAUGGUAACAGACGGAAAUACAAUACUGGCUGAAAGCCUGAAGAAACAGGGUGUGGAAUAUGUUUUUGGAAUUGUUGGUAUUCCUGUCAUUGAGACAGCACUUGCAUUUCAAGUAGCUGGAUUAAAAUAUAUUGGAAUGAGGAAUGAACAAGCAGCCUGCUAUGCCGCUCAAGCUAUUGGUUACCUAACAGGCAAACCAGGAGUGUGUUUGGCUGUCUCUGGCCCUGGCCUUCUGCACUGUAUUGGUGGUAUGGCCAAUGCACAGGUCAAUUGCUGGCCACUUGUAGUCAUAGCCGGUUCUUGCCCAGAGGACCAUGAGGGUAUUGGAGGCUUCCAGGAAUGGCCACAAGUGGAUUCGAGUCGUAUGUACUGCAAAUACGCAGGGCGGCCGCCAUCUCCUAAACUGAUCCCGCUUCACGUGGAACGCGCAGUGAGGCUCGCCGCUGCCGGCAGACCCGGCGUCUCGUAUCUAGACGUGCCCGGUACACUACUCCUGGGAGAGGUAGACGAAGACAAGGUACCGGAAUUAUAUAGUGCUGAGCCUGUGAAGCUAGCCCAUCCUGACCCAGCGCUGGUUUCCCAAGCUGCGGACUUGUUGGCAAAAGCAGAGCGUCCUCUGAUCAUAGUGGGCAAAGGUUCUGCGUACGCGCACGCCGAAUCCGCUGUCACUAAACUCGUAGAGAAAACCAAAAUACCUUUCCUACCAACACCUAUGGGCAAAGGUGUAGUACCGGAUGAGUCCCAGUACUGCGUAUCGACGGCUCGUACUCAGGCCUUGUUGAAAGCGGACGUGAUACUUUUACUGGGAGCUAGACUCAAUUGGAUGCUACAUUUCGGACAAGCGCCACGGUAUGCACCUGACGUUAAAGUGAUACAGGUAGACAUCAGCCCCGAAGAGUUCCAUAACAGCAUCAAAUCUGAAGUUGCAGUCCACUCGGACAUCAAGCCAUUUGUUGAGGCCCUCACACAUAAAUUAGAUGAGAAGAAAUUCUCCUUAGAAGUCGCAGGAAAUAAGUGGUGGCAAGCGUUGCAGCUCAAACAAAAAGCAAACAUCGAGUUUGUGGAGGCUCAAGCAAACGACAAGACUGUUCCCUUAAAUUACUAUGCGGUUUUCAAGACUGUUCAAGCUAAUAUUCCUCGGGACUCUGUGAUCGUGAGCGAAGGUGCCAACACUAUGGAUAUAGGACGCGGGCUUCUGCUCAACAAUCUCCCGCGACAUCGGCUCGACGCCGGGACUUUCGGCACUAUGGGGGUGGGACCAGGGUUCGCUGUCGCAGCUGCAAUGUGGUGUCGCGACCACGCACCCGGCAAACGAGUCGUUUGCGUAGAAGGAGAUUCUGCUUUCGGAUUUUCAGGUAUGGAAAUAGAAACUAUGUUCCGAUACAAGUUACCCGUCAUAAUUAUUAUCGUUAACAACAACGGCAUUUACAGUGGAUUUGACAAGGAAACAAUGGAUGACUUGCAGUCGAGUGGCGAUCCUACUCAAUGCACUCCACCAACAUCGCUAAGUAGUGAAGUUCGCUACGAGAAAAUGAUGGAAAUGUUCGGUGAAAGCGGCCACUUUUGCCGCACCGUUGAAGAGAUAGAGUUGGCCAUAAAGAAGGCAGUAGCCACUACAGACAGACCAAGCAUCAUUAAUGUCGCCAUCAGUCCUCAGGCUAACAGGAAGCCACAGACAUUCAACUGGCUCACUGAAUCCAAACUAUAAACUAAAUCU